CAAAAUAAACAGAAAAGGAAACAGCAACAGCAAAGAAAACAGCAACUAAAAAGAAGCGAUAAAAAAUUCAAAAGUCCUGGAUUAUUUUGAAUUUUUUUCAUACAUCUUAAAUUGAACAAAGACAAAAGCGGCAGCUUUACCAAGCUAACGGUAAACAGCAAAGUGAAAUCUCACGCAAAAAAAAAGGAAAAAACAAAAAAGCAACAACACAAACACAUAUUGAAAAAGCAAAGGCAGACAGACGUAGAGGAAGAAGCAGCAGCAGCAAGUGCAAGAGAGAAAGAGCUGUAAAACAAGAGCGGAUCAAAGGAGAGCGUGUGUGUCUUCCUUAUUUUGAGAAAAAAGUCACAAAAACUCUUGAAAGCUAGUAAAAAAAAAAUAUUAUAAAAGACCUGGAACUGAGCCAUAAGCACACGUACAAGCAAGAAAAAGGAACAAAAUCAAAGGAGCAAAGCGAAUAUAUAUACGCUCCAAAAGCGCACAAUGACCUUGCCAACAAACACAAAUGCGAGCAGCGGCGGCAACAGCAGCAAUCACAGUAAUACUCAAAACAGUAACUGCAACAGCAGCAGCAGUGACGAAGAUUCAGACAUUUUUGGACCGCCCCGCUGCUCACCACCGAUUGGUUACCACCACCAUCGCUCCCGCGUCCCGAUGAUCUCACCGAAGCUGCGACAGCGCGAAGAACGCAAGCGCAUCCUGCAGCUGUGCGCCCACAAGCUGGAGCGGAUCAAGGACUCUGAAGCGAAUCUGCGGCGCAGCGUGUGCAUUAACAACACCUACUGUCGUCUAACCGAUGAGCUGCGGCGCGAGAAACAAAUGCGUUACCUGCAGAAUCUGCCCAGAACCGACAGCAGCGCCACCACCACCACCGAACUGGCGCGUGAGAAUCUCUUCCAGCCGAACAUGGAUGAUGCCAAGCCGGCGAGCAAUGGCCAAAGCAAGUCCUUGUCCUACGGCGACUCGUCUUCAUACAACUCCUCCUCCUCCUCCUCCUCCACAUCGUCCUCCAACUCCUGCUCCUCCUCGACUGCCUCCUCUUUGAAUAUGUCCUCCUCCAGUGGGCGUGGCAAUGUCUGCGUCUCUUUGGAAAAUCAACCGCCCUCGUCGCGCCAACAGCUGAUGACCACACCGGCUGGGGCAUCCGGCGCACCGGCGGCUGCUAACUCAGCGCCGCUAUCCGUUUCCGGCUCUGCCUCGGCCUCGGCCAGCAUCGGACGGAAACGUCACCUGUCCAGCAGCAAUCUGGUGAACGAUCUGGAGAUACUCGACCGAGAGCUAAGCGCCAUCAAUGCACCGAUGCUGCUAAUCGAUCCGGAGAUAACCCAGGGUGCCGAGCAACUGGAGAAGGCGGCGCUCUCGGCCAGCCGCAAGCGUUUGCGGAGCAAUAGCGGCAGCGAGGACGAGAGCGAUCGUUUGGUGCGCGAGGCCCUGUCCCAGUUCUAUAUACCGCCGCAGCGACUUAUCUCCGCCAUUGAGGAUUGUCCACUGGAUGUGGUCGGUCUGGGAAUGGGCGGCAGCAGUGGCAUUGGUAUGGGAGGCGGCGGUGGCAUGACCAUGGGAAUUGGAAUUGGAAUCGGGGGAGGAUCAGGCGCUGGCGCCGAGAUGGGUUCCACCAUGAGCAUGAGCAAGCGGAGCAAGCUGAAUGACCAUCAUCAUCAUCUUGGCCACCAUCAUCACCACAGUCUGCACCACCACCAUCAUCAUCAUCACCACCACCUGGAGCUGGUGGACUUUGAUAUGAACCAGAAUCAAAAGGACUUUGAGGUCAUUAUGGAUGCUUUGCGUCUGGGAACGCCGACGCCGCCGAGCGGCGCCAGCAGCGAUUCGUGCGGCCAGGCGGCGAUGAUGAGCGAAUCGGCCAGCGUUUUCCACAAUCUGGUGGUCACGUCGCUGGAGACAUGAAAGUACCAGUAAGGAGCAGGAGCAGACAAAGAUUAUAAAGUAAAAAUACAAAAAAAAAAAAAAAACAAAAAACAAAGGAAAAAGGAAAAAAGAAGAAAACAAAACAAAACUUAGGCUAUGACAACCUUAGCCUUAAGCUAACUUUUAAGUCCACAAAAGUAAAGAAAAAAGAGAAAUGAAACCCCCGAAGGA